AUGACCACAACUUCCAUUACUGCUAAGAUGGCCGAACAUUCAACCAUUUCCCUGACCACAGACAUUGGUCAUCUGCAAGCCCGUGUACAGAAAUGCAAAGGUGUAGACAUAGUCAGCUGUCUGAACAUCUCCUUCGCAGAUAUCUCUUAUCGCUGGGCAGCACCAAUUUUAUCAUCAGUUCCAUGGGAUGGCGUGAGAGAUUGUACAAAAUUUGGUCCUCAAUGCCCUCAAGCAAAAGACCCCCUAUUUCCAGGCCACCAUCUGCCUGUGUUUGGAAACCUGGAGCAGGGAAGUUAUCCUGUUCAGAGUACUACGUCGGACGAAUUUAAAUGUCUAAAUUUGAAUAUACUUGCUCCUCUGGAAAACUUGAAGAAGACCGAUGCCAAGGAAAAGCUUCCAGUGCUCGUCUGGGCACAUGGCGGUGCGUAUUGGACGGGUUGUGGAAGUGUUGAACUAUACGAUGCAUCUAAUAUUGUAGCUCGCUCUGUGACAAUUGGCAGCCCGUUGAUAGUCGUUACUUUUAAUUAUCGACUUGGCGUUCUUGGAUUCUUGCAUUCUCGUGAGCUGGCUCUCGAUGCUCAAUUCCAGAGCAACGUUCCUUCAGAGUUCAGAUCCACGGCAAAUUUGGGCAUUUUAGAUACCUUUAGAGCAUUUGAAUGGGUGAAAAAGCAUAUCGGAGCAUUUGGCGGAUACCUCCAUAACAUAACAGGUAUGGGGGAGUCUGCUGGUUCUGCGAUUCUCAACAUGACAUCUGUCCUACCGCAUCUCCACCUCAAAAUACCACGCAUGAUCCUCUCUUCCUCGACCAUGUUCUCCAAUCACCUGCUGCCAAAACGUGAAGCACAAAAGUGGUUCGAAAAUAUUUGCACACGAAUUGGGGUCACAGAUCCAUGUAGCUCAGUAGCAGCCUUGCGUGCACUUGAUGUGGAUACUCUAAUCGAGAAAACGAAUUUUGCACGUAUUUCGUUCAGACCGAUCCUUGACGGUAUGACCAUUCCUUACGACCCACGGCAAGUAAUUUUUGAUUACACGCUGUGGGAUGAUUGCUUAGAACAGAUUGUCAUCGGACAUUGCGAGAAUGAGUCAUUUUUGAGAUCAGCCACUCACCGUGGAAUGGUGCCUCCACUUGAAACGACGAUCGCCGGACGGGUUCCGCCAAUUGGGAAUCUACGAGCAAGAGCCAUGGAAAUAUACGAAGAGAGUAAACUUUCGAACUUCACAUGGUUCAGUGGAAAGAAUGACAGAAAGGCCACUCCCUCGGCGCUUUGCUGGCUGGCCUUGGAUAGUCAUGCACGGUAUUAUGCUACGACUCAGCUACUCUCCGAAAGUUUUAUUCGCUCAAGAUAUCCUGAUGAGUCAAAGCCGACGUACAAGUAUAUCUUCUCUUGGGCGCCUCAAUUUUGGCCGAAAAGCUGGCCGGCUACGCACACCGCGGAUAUCUUGCCCAUGUUCUUACAUCGAGGACUCUCUGAUAAUGAAUUGCAACACGCACAUACCUUUGCGGAUCUCCUUAUCCAUUUUGCGGCCAAGGAUACAGAAGCUAUGUUUUGGAAACCGUACGAAGCUGGUGACGGGAACCGGAAGCUUAAUCAGUUUCAAAGAAAUGGAAGUUGGACUGUCAUGGAUGAAGACAGUGGCGAAUUUGGCCUGCGAAAAGAUAUAACUGACUUUUGGAGGGAUGUGGUUGAAGCAGCACUUGACAUAGGGAUGGAAGGUUGGGAAGGCAUGAUUCGAUAG